AUGAGUAAAAGAAAACGAUAUGAAACUGUUACGAUGAAUGUUGAUGAAGCAAAAAAUUUUAAACGAAUUUCGGAUCGUUCAGUAACAGCUACGUAUACAGAAGGCAAAGAUGAAGUGCAGAAUAAUUUGAAUGAGAAUGUCACUUCAGAUUGCAUUACAAGUAUAUCUUCAUUAAAGGAUGAAGACUCAAUAGAAGUGGCAGUUUCAACUAAGGAAAAGAUGAUAUGGGAUAAUAAAUGAGAUGGAAACGAUCAUAUCGGUUUUCAUGCAGACAAUGAAGCAAAAGACAUCAUUGCUUCUAUGACAUUGGGUGCUACACGCAGGUUUCUUAUGCGACAUCUUAGCUGUUUCAAGAAAACUCUAACACGAAAUAGAAAAGCUUUAACAAUGCCUGAAAAGAAAGAAGUAAUUUAA